AUGGACUUUGGUGCUCGUGGCAAUGGCAAAUUUGAUGAUUCACAUGCAUUUUUGAGUGCAUGGCAUACAACGUGUAGGACUUCAGGGACAACAACUCUAGUUAUACCAGCAGGAAAAACGUUCCUUGUGACCAACACAGUUACGCUAACAGGUCCUUGCAUGAGCACAAGAAUUAACAUUGAGAUUCAAGGGGAAAUUGUUGCACCUUCUUUUGAUGAAUGGGGGCCUGCUGAUAAAUCCAAAUGGAUUUCAAUUUAUUAUGUCAACCAUCUCACAAUCAAUGGCGCCGGAGGGAAAAUCGAUGGCUUGGGUUUUACAUGGUGGGAAAGAUGCAGAAAUUGUUUCCGACCCAGAACCUUGAGUUUCCAUGGUUGCAAUGAUCUUACUGUAAGCCAUCUGCACCUCGUUAAUAGUCCUGGAGGUCACAUAGCUCUAGAUGGUUCCAUUGGUGCAAGUUUCUCUCAUAUUCACAUUCAAGCUCCUGCUAACAGCCCCAACACUGAUGGCUUUGACAUUGCUAAUUCUAGAAAUAUCUUGAUACGAAAUUCCAACAUAGAAGCUGGUGAUGAUUGUAUUGCCAUUAAUGGUGGUACAUCUUUCAUCAAUGUUACUCGAGUUGCUUGUGGACCAGGUCAUGGGAUAAGCAUUGGCAGUCUUGGAAGAGGUGGUGCUCAUGAGAUCGUCGAAGAGGUUUAUGUAUAUGACUGCAUUUUCACGGGGACUUCAAAUGCAGCAAGAAUCAAAACAGUUUCAGGUGGAUCGGGUUAUGCAAGGAAGAUAACUUUCGAGAAAAUAACACUUAUAAGGGCCGGCAACCCAAUAAUUAUAGACCAGCACUACGGUCUAAAUCCAACGGCGGAUACAUCAGUGGUGGUCAGUGAUGUGACAUAUCGUGGAAUCCAUGGAACUUCUACGGCUGAUUUAGCUAUCAAGUUAGAUUGCUCCACAUCGGGAUGUUUCAACAUUGUGUUGGAUCAAAUUAACAUUGUCUCUGCCAUACCAGGAAGAAAGACUUAUGCUUCUUGCCACAAUGCCCAUGGUACAGUUAGAUCUUCUAUUCCAAGUGUCCCUUGCUUGUUGAGGUGAAUUUAUACGUUACCCUCAAAUACCAAAAGCUAUGUAUUCAAAUUAUAAAGAGUGUAUUCAAAUUAUAAAGAGUGUACCAUUAAUAAAGGUUUGAACCCAAUGAAU